UCGUGUCGGGGUUUUAAUAAGCUUGCACCUGUCAGAAUAUCCGACAUUUAAAUCCUCUCUUUUCACCGUCGGAUGCGCUCCGGGCUGCGUUUUUCCAACUCCAACUUUAUGCACCGACUGUUGCUCCCAGAGCUGGAGGGCUGCUGACGCCGUUAACCGGUCGCCAAAGUCCGGUUCUCCUUCCGCACAGGGACCCUGCACACCGGAGGCGAAGAUCUUCUGAUACAAUGUGCAAUUGUGCAUGUUAAUUUGGGCUCGUGGGUCAACCAUCGAUACUCUGUCAAGUUGGACAACUCGGGACAUUGACUUGCCGAUCUCAUCGCCGCGGGUAAAGACGUGCAGGGGAAGUGCUGCGGUUGCACGAGUUUGAUUGUUUCUGUUUUUUGCACCAAGAAAGAGAAGAGAAAGAGGAAAUUUUUUCAUCCUCAACUUUGUUGUUAAAUCGAGUGUUCACGAUGAGCAAACCCGCCGGCUCAACAAGUGGCUGUCUGGAUAUUCUGAAUGUCAAAUCAAGUCGGAUUCUGGACAUCCCAUGCAAAGUGUGCGGAGACCGCAGCUCCGGGAAACACUACGGUGUUUACGCCUGUGACGGCUGCUCGGGAUUCUUCAAGAGGAGCAUCCGCAGAAACAGGACGUACGUCUGUAAAUCUGGCUCUCAGGGUGGCUGUCCCGUAGACAAAACUCACAGAAACCAGUGCCGAGCGUGCCGUUUGAAAAAGUGUCUAGAAGUGAACAUGAAUAAAGACGCCGUUCAACACGAGAGGGGGCCCCGGACCUCCACCAUCCGCAAACAAGUCGCCCUAUAUUUCCGAGGCCACAAAGAGGUGAACGGAUCGUCGACCCAUUUCCCAGGAUCCUCUCUGGCUGGCCCUCCCUUCUUCACCACCGCCACGCAACUGGAGCCUCACAACCUGGAGAUGAGCGCAGUAGCCACAACACCAGAGAGACAGGCCAUCGUGGGUCUGGCACAGCCCACCCCGAAGGUAUAUUUUUAUCCCCAUGAAGUCAGUGGCACCCCGCUGUACCUCUACGAAGUGGCAACGGAGUCUGUGUGUGAGUCAGCGGCGCGCCUCCUUUUCAUGAGCAUCAAGUGGGCAAAGAGUGUUCCCGCAUUCUCCACCCUCCCCUUGUCUGACCAGCUGAUUCUGUUGGAGGAUGCUUGGAGAGAAUUGUUUGUUCUGGGCAUCGCGCAAUGGGCCAUCCCGGUGGACUCCACGACUCUUCUCGCUGUUUCUGGAAUGAACACCGAAAACACAGAGUCUCAGCGGAUGAAUAAGAUCAUAUCUGAGAUACAAGCACUUCAAGAGGUGGUAACCAGAUUCAGACAGAUGCGCCUGGAUGCCACAGAGUUCGCCUGUCUGAAAUGUAUCGUGACAUUUAAAGCCGUUCCGACGCAUGGCAACACAGAGUUAAGAAGUUUCCGCAACGCCAGCGCCAUUGCUGCGCUACAAGACGAGGCGCAGCUCACGCUCAACAGCUACAUACACACCAGAUACACGACUCAGCCGUGUCGCUUCGGAAAGCUGCUCCUGCUCCUCCCGGCGCUCCGCUCCGUGGGCCCGUCCACCAUAGAGGAAGUGUUCUUCAAGAAGACCAUCGGCAACGUCCCCAUCACCAGGCUGCUCUCCGACAUGUACAAGUCCAGCGAUAUAUGAAUUCUCGCCAUCUUGAAAAGACUUGAUCUGAAGACCCAGAGACCCACACAGCAGUCGACAGAGCGUCAAAUCACAGCAGGUGUAACCGUGGGUUGAAUUAUUGCUGAGCACACACUCUCUGAUGCUGUCUAAAACACACUAUGAGGCCUCGGCUCUGACUGCAACACAGCCGGAACUCACCAAGUAGCCUGUUAACAGUUGCUCUAGUCAAAGAAUAGCCUGCAACUUUCAUUAGAAUGACCUGUGUGAGACUGAACACCUGCAGUCUCUGGUGAGGGCACAGGCAACCCACACUCUUUAAAUAUCGCCUAAAGACUCUGGAUAGCAUCUGCCAAGUAUGUCAGACAGAAAUGUUAUAUAUUAAGAAGUGUUUCGAGUGUCUGUGAGACCAAUGAGCUUGACGACCAAUUUAGUCUUUUAUUGCUGUGAUCAAUCCCAAUGGAGGAAACCAAAAGGAGAAAAGAAAAAAAAGAUGACGCGUGCGUAAUGGGGGAUGUGAAUCGCUGUCCCACGAUCUGGUGCUGAAACCAAACACACGGGUCAAAGAAGAAGCGGCGCCAACUCUAUGAAGAAUUAAGGGGAAAUGCUUUUUUAGGGAUAUGCUUGCGUUGCCUCCCGACUGUAAAACUACAUUCAUCUUAAGAUGGUGUUGUAUUUGAGUGGUAACUGUCCUUUGUGUCUGUGCGUCCGGUUUGAGGCUGUUUUUAGAUGGACUCUGAAGUUAGCCACUAACACUGGAUAAAAAUAUGCAGCACCUGGAAAUGUUUUUGUGGCCUGUGAUGUUUUUAUUCUGUUGUAAAUAUAUAGAGUUAUAACUAUUUAAAGUUGUAACCAAAGGAAUAAAACACUGAAUUAAACUGCUUUAAA